AUCAUCCAUGCAUAUUAAGAUAUACGUUAAUAAGAUCAUCACAAAUAAUUAUUUUAUUUCUAUGUUUUAUAUAAAUGACUUAAUCCUGACAUAAAUUAAUGCUUGAGAUAUUAAGCUGCAAACAGUUUCUCAAAAUUUUUUCCAAAAUUUCAUGUUGAAAAAAUAAUAUUGCAGAUAAAGUAAAAUAAAAAAAAUAAUACUGCAGAAAUUUUACGUUGACUUAUCUCACUUCUCAAAUUUAUUUCCAACUCAAAUUAAUCAAACUUGUUUAAAUCCGAACAGAAGGGCAAAGAUGUUUCUUUAAUCUAGAGUCACUGGAAUAUAUACGCACUGUACGACUAUUUCCCGAUAAUAGCAUUCACCCGACCUGUCAAUCUAUCCGUCAGGCGAAAGGAUGUCUGCAACGUCAGCGCAUGUCCGGCGACUUUGCAAUCAAUGCUGCGUCUCCGCGUCGUCCAGUCUUUAACAGAACAUUGUAGACAUGAGACUAUCACGCGACGGUCACGCGAUGUCGUCGAACAAUAGUCACCAGCGAGAUAUGCAAUACAUCUUCACACCUAGCAGCUGGUUUCUUGGCUCGAUCGGCAUCUGGCCGAUCGCGUUCCGGGGCAUUGGACAACACGUUUCCAAAAUUGCUAUCGUUAUCUGUAAUUUCGUAUUAGGCUUCGCGAUAAUACCCUGCGCUCUAAAUAUCAUUUACGACCAGAAGGACCUAAACAUAAGGCUCAAGCUUUCCGGACUUUUAGGCUUCUGCAGCACCGCGAUGAUGAAGUUCAUCGUUCUUGUGAUACGUCGUCCAAAGAUACGACAGUGUAUCGAGCAUGUGAAGAACGAUUGGUGGCAGGUAAAGUUGAAGUCCGACCGCAAAUUGAUGCUGAAAUACGCUGGUACCGGUCGUAAGCUCUCCAUAAUCAGUACAUCUUCCAUGUAUAUCGCUGGCUUCAUUUAUCAUCUGGUCUUGCCGUUUUGCACUGAGCACAAAAUCGGUAAUCAAACUAUUAGACCACUUGUGUAUCCCACUUACAGUCAGUUUACUCAGACUCAGGUGAGCCCGAUCUACGAAAUCGUGUAUCUGGCUCACUGUAUGUGCGGAUACACCAUGUACACAGUCACAGCGGGAUCGUGUGGAUUGGCGGCGAUAUUCGCCUCUCAUGCAUGUGGUCAGAUCGGCGUGAUCGCAUCUAGACUAAAUGAUCUUUCACAAGGCAAACAUUACGAGCAAACGAUGGAUAUUAAUCAACGAAUUGCAACUAUCGUGAAGAGCCACGUUCGAGUAUUAAGAUUUGCAAUUCUCGUGGAUGAAAUCUUACAGGAAGUAUGUUUAUUGGAAUUUGCCAGUUCUAUAUUUACGAUGUGCUUGCCUGAAUACUUCUGUAUAGUGGAUUGGCAAGAUAGUGACACAGUCGGACUGACCACUUACUUUUUACUAUUCAUUUCAUUUUGCUUUAAUAUGUAUAUACUAUGCUAUAUCGGCGAGCUGCUCAUGGAAAAGAGCGGCCAAAUUGGAUCGAUAUGCUUUAUGAUUGACUGGUAUCAACUGCCAGCGAAAUCAGUUCGCAGUUUAAUAUUAGUAAUCGCUAUGUCAAGCCACCCUAUAAAGAUCAGCGCCGGUAAAAUGAUAGAUUUAUCCUUGGCGACUUUUGGAAAUGUAAGAAAUUGUAUAGAGUAUUUAUACAAAAUUUUUUUUGUUUCGCAGUUUAAAAUAUAAUUUAAAAAAUUAAUACUUUACAAUUAAUUGUUAAGCAAAUAAUUAUUUUAUCUUUUUUUAUCUUUUUAAUGCACGUUCCGUGUUAUCAAAUUUUUAGUAAGAAAGAUAAAAAUAAGAAAUAAAAAUAUGAGCGUGAGGAGAAAAAAAUUUUACAUACUAUUUUGACAUAUUUUUCUUAGGUACUCAAAACAAGCUUGGCGUAUUUGAGUUUUCUUCGAACACUUGUAACGUGAAUAUAAUUUAAAACAAUACUGUAGGGAAAAUAUAUUAAAAUAUAUUUAGGGUGUA